AUGGUGAAGUCAUCAUCGUGCAGCGAGAAGCUGGGCGAGUUGAAGAAAGGACCAUGGACUCCCGAGGAAGACGAGAAGCUCAUGUCUUACAUUCAACUACACGGCCAUGGAAGCUGGUCUUCCUUGCCUGCAAGCGCUGGACUCCGAAGAUGUGGGAAGAGUUGCAGACUGAGAUGGAUUAAUUAUCUAAGACCUGACAUCAAACGAGGCAACUUCAGCUUGCAGGAAGAUCAGACCAUUAUACGACUUCAUGCUCUUCUCGGAAACAAAUGGUCGGUGAUAGCACAUCACUUGCCAAAGAGAACAGACAAUGAGAUCAAGAAUUACUGGAACACCCACCUUAAGAAGAGGCUCACCAGAAUGGGUAUCAAUCCCACCACCCUCAAGCCCAUAAAUGACAUCGUCAAUGACGCAGCCAACCUCAGCCAUAUGGCUCAGUGGGAGACUGCUCGGCUGCAAGCCGAAGCCCGGCAACUAAAAGAAUAUUCGGAACUGCAGCUCCAGAACCAGCUCGACUCCCCCUACUCCUCUUCCCAGCCUCCACUGACUCGGCUCGUCCUCAACAACGUCACACCGCGGCCAUCGCCACCUCCCUGCCUCGACGUGCUCAAGGUAUGGCAGAAUUCUUGGUUGUCCACGUCGAAGCCCUCAACAGAGAACACCCACAGAAUGCAUAGCAUGAAUGCCAUUGUGCUCGCCACCGACGACCUUGAGUCGCCGGCAUCCACGUUGAGCUUCCCGUACGACGUCCCUACCAAAUGUCGUAGUAAUGGUAAUUCUGCCUUAGGGCAGAUCAAUCAAAGUUUACUUCCAGCUUCAUCCUCUACCAGCCCCACCGUCGACGUCGCAAAUGAGAGUGAAAACAAAGUGCAAAGCUUGGGAGAGGGGGACAAUAUUAUGUUGGCCGUAGAAGCUUUCAGACCAACAGGUUAUAACUGUAAAAAUUCCAUGGAAGAUCUCCGUGAUGACGGUGUGUUGGGAGUCUCAAGUGUUGGAGAUGACUGGGAAGCCAUUCUGGACCUGGUCAUCAAUAGUUCGCCACCUGUUUUCCCAGUGUUGUGA